AUGGUAACUACUACACUAAUACCCAAUGAAAAUAAUCAGGACUUAGUAGAAGCAUCAGAACAAAUAUCAAAUCUAAUAGAAUCAUUCAUAGAAUUAGGAGUAUUAGUCCAUGACAAUCAAGGUACACCACAAUCGAAUAAAGCACUAACAACAAAGUUACAAAUUAUAAUGAAACAAUUAAACAAUCUAACGGAAAUACCAAAUUUAGAUAAGAGGUUAAUACCAUUAGAUGUGAUAGCAUAUAUUGAAGAUGGUAGAAAUCCUGAUAUAUAUACAAGAGAAUUUAUUGAAGUCAAUGCAAAACUGAAUGCAAGAUUAAAAGGUAAAAUGAAAGGAUUUGAAAAAUUAAGAGAUGUUUUAGGUGAAAAAUUAUCAAAAGAAUUUCCAAGAUUAGAAAUUGCAGUAGAAGACAUCAAAAGAAGAACUGAAAAUAUUUGA